GCCAAUGGGAGCGCGGCAUGCAAAUGAGCAGGUGCGGUGGCGGCCCGCGGGUCUAGGCAGCCGCGGCUCAGGGGAUGUUAGAGGCACGCUGGGCGGCUGCCGAGCAAACGUCCGGGCUUCGAGCUGCGAGCUCCGGUCUCCCGCCAUGGACCCCGCUCCGCCCCCAGACGCCUCCUUCUCACUCGCGGAGGUCCAGCAACGUCUUGCUGCCGGCGCCUGCUGGGUCCGCUGCGGGUCCCGCCUCUACGACCUCACAGGCUUCUUGCGGCAGCACCCGGGGGGCGAGCAGCUGCUGCGGGCACGGGCUGGCCAGGAUGUUAGCGCCGACCUGGACGGGCCGCCGCACCGGCACUCGGACAACGCGCGUCUCUGGCUGGAGCAGUAUUACGUGGGCGAGUUUCAAGGAGACCCUCAGAGCUCCAUGGAAAAUGAGACUUCAGCCUCUGCCAUCACUCAGAAGACAGACCAGGCAAUGGAACCAAAGUUAAAAGUGGUGGAUUGGGACAAGGACCUGAUAGACUGGCAGAAGCCCCUACUGUGGCAGGUAGGCCACUUGGGAGAGAAAUAUGAGGAGUGGGUCCACCAGCCAGUGACCAGGCCCAUCCGCCUCUUCUACUCAGACUUCAUCGAGUCCCUCAGCAAGACUGUCUGGUACACUGUCCCCAUCAUCUGGAUGCCCCUGAUGCUGUACCUCAGUUGGUCCCACUACCGAACCCUUGCCCAGGGCAACGUCCGACUCUUCGCGUCCUUCACCACAGAGUACUCAGUAGCCAUGCCUAAGUCCGUGUUCCCGGGCCUCUUUGUGAUGGGGAUACUCUUCUGGACCCUAGUAGAGUACCUCAUCCACCGUUUCCUGUUCCACAUGAAGCCCCCCAGCAACAGCUAUUACCUCAUCAUGCUGCACUUCGUCUUGCACGGCCAGCACCACAAGGCACCCUUUGAUGAGUCCCGCCUCGUCUUCCCCCCUGCGCCAGCUUCUCUGGCGAUGGCCUUCUUCUACGCAAUGUUCCAGCUCCUCCUGCCCGAGGCGGUGGGGGGCACUAUGUUCGCCGGUGGCCUCCUGGGUUACAUCCUCUACGACAUGAUCCAUUACUACUUGCACUUCGGCUCGCCGCACAAGGGCUCCUACCUGUAUAACAUGAAGGCCCACCACGUCAAGCAUCACUUUGCACAUCAGAAGUCAGGAUUUGGCAUCAGCAGUAAAUUUUGGGAUUACUUGUUCCAUACCCUUAUGCCAGAAGAACCUCACCUGAAGAUGCAGUGACAACUCCCACCCCACCGUGGCCCCUAUCCCAUCCCCGCCCCCAUCCAGAUCCUUCAAAGACGGUUUGCUUGGCCAGGCAGGAUGGGCUUUGUCUGGCCCUCGGGCUUGGCGGAGGGUGCUGGGGAGACCCUGAAGACUGACACUGACCUCCUGACCCACAGGAGGGUCAAGUCCACUUGGUGGCGAAACAGCCCUCAGGGACUAGCUCU